UCGCAGCGGUAUCGAGGAAGACAUGUACAAGCCUAUAUUGAACAGUGCAGGCGUGCUCAAAACUUUCUGAAAAUAUUACUCAUAUCUAUGUAUAUAUAAGUGCUAAGAUGGCAAUCUGCUCCUAAUUUUUUACGCUAAAGAUCGCUAAACGUAACAAAGCGUCUAUGUGAAGAACAGUGUUACUUUUUUCAGAGACAUAGUAUGGCUAGGAGAUUUGGUACAGGUCCGACUUCUGGUGUAGAAGUAGAUGACAAUUGUAUUCAAUCAUACAUCAAGUUACAACUUCAGCAUUCCUCUCAGUUCAUCAUAUACCGUCUAUCUGACGAUAAAAAGCGCAUCAUAGUUGACAAAAUAGGACCAGUAGGAUGUACAUAUGACAAUUUCGUUACCGAACUCCAAAACGCAGGAUUAAAGGGAGAGGGGAGAUAUGGAGUUUUUGAUUUUAACUACACUGUCAAAGAACGAAUGGUGAACAAAAUAGUUUUCUUCUUAUGGAUUCCGGAUACUAUUCAAGUGAAACAGCGGAUGUUGUACAGUAGUAGUGUGCGCGCAUUAAAAAACAGACUUCCCGGAAUUCAUAUAGAAAUGCAGUGUAAUGAUGAUUCCGAUCUGGCACAAUCAAAUCUUCUUCAGCGUUGUCUAGAGAGAGGAUAUGACUAGCAUUUGAGAAGUCAUUUUUAAGAAAAAGAAUCUCAACACCAAUUUUGACAUUCACGAAACAACAAAUGGCAAGAUUUCAUUUCAAUUAAACCGAAUUCACGCUUUCCAUGACUUCAUUGCUGCAAUUCACAUACACACUCCUCAAUAUAUGAUAUAUUUUGACUAAACGAAAACAACAUAUGGUGCACGUGCUACUCGCAAGGAAGCGGCCAUAAUGGCAUAGUUAUUCAUGGAAUCUCUCUCUAAGCUCAUCCUCGUGUGAUGUAAGAGUUCAGUGACAACUGACUGUUAGUCAGACUGACAAUCUAUAGCGAGAUUUACAGAUUAAGAACACGGUGAUAAGAUUUGUUAUCUGAUUCAGUGCCAGAGAUGAAUAUAUAUGAGCGUAACACGCCACAAAAGAAUGAGGAUGAUCGAAAAUGGAAUCUUCAUUCAAGACCAAGUGCCAAAAAACUCUACGCGUCAUAUUGUAUGACUGUACCAGAGUGCUUUUAAUAUAUAUGACAUUAUAUAUUGUAUAAAAUUGUUACAUGUUCAUUAGAAUAUAUAUUAACUUACGUAAAGAAUUUAUCAAUGUUAUCAAACAUAUGUUUUACACAGAACACAGAAAAAAUUAUUUUAAGUUAUUUUAUAGAUAAUUUAGAAAACAUUCAAUUAUGUAAUUUUAUUAAGUUAAAUAUAAAACUUUAAUAAUUAACUUUCUUGUUAAAUUAACGCUUUGAAUGAAAUAUGAAUUUUACCUUAAUUCUUUCAGUAAAAAUCACACAUAGUUCA